AUGAACGAGCGCGACAGGUGUCACCCAGAGUGUCAACGCCACCCUUCGUGUGGUCUCUUCCCGAGGCGCCCAGAUGGUCGAAUAGUGCUACCAGUGCCGGGUCCGCAUCUAGGAGCAAGUAGAACGCCAACCUCAUCAACAAGGAGCUCUAGCCACCUGCGCGCUGGUUACUCUCAGUCUUCGAGUGAUGAUCCAACACUGCCUAACGUGGCAGGUGAUUUCAAUCACUCAGAGCUGAACCUCGGCGCUUGUCCUCCUUUGGAAGGUCAUCACGCAAGUACUUCCAAAAACGAGCGCCCACAGGACGUGUUCGCGUAUAGACGCGUCAGAAAGCAGGCGUAUGUUUCGCAUAAAAGCAGUAAAGAAGGGAUGAGGUUCCGCAUGUAUGUCCGUCCUGUUCAGGGCUUCUAG